AUGCAACGCUUCACACACGAGAAAAACGAGACGGGGGAGAAAAAAGAGGAGGUCGCUUUCAUUUACGACCACGGCAGCCACACCGGAAACGGUGAAAGACAUGCUAUUACAUGGCUCAGGAGCAAUGAUGACAUCAUCAUACGGAGAGCGGACAAAGGAGGCGCCACAGUCAUUUGGGAGAAGAAGCGUGAGAAGGAGCAGAAGUUCAGAGGAACGGGACCCCACGAUAUUCCCCAUGCUCUUGUCUAG